CAGCUUUUGAGAUACUAACCAUGGCCUUAGCUGCUAUAUUCUCUUCUCUAAGGAGGAGAAGAUCUCCGUCUCUCGAGGCUUUCUUGGCGCCAGUUGACUUAACCGAGGUGGCUCUUGUUCAAACCCUAGCAGCCGUCUCAUCUGAACUUAUCUCUUGCUUUGCCAACAGAGUCUUCUUCUUUCAGCGGAGGAAUUCUCGAUCUUUGAUUCGCAAGAUGGAAGUUUUCCUUGUUAUGUUGGAGUAUCUGAGGGAUUCAGGGUCAGGGUCUAUGCCAAGCUUUCCUUCAACAGCCAUUUUGUGCUUCAAGGAGCUCUAUUUGUUGCUCUACAGGUCAAAGAUACUGCUUGAUUAUUGUGCUCAAUCCAGUAAGUUGUGGCUUUUGCUUCAAAACCAUUCGAUUUCAGGCCAUUUCCAUGAUCUUAAUCAAGAAAUUUCUACCCUUUUGGAUGUUUUCCCAAUAAAUGAUGUUGGAUUGAGUGAUGAUGUCAGGGAACAGGUUGAACUGUUGCAGAAACAUGCUAGGAAGGGAAAAUUGUAUGUUGAUAAAAGUGAUGAAAAUCUAAGGCUUAGGUUCUUUUCGUUUCUUAAUGAGUUUGAGAAAGGAAGGGUACCUAAUCAUGUGGAUUUAAGAUUGUUCUUUGUGGAAAGAUUGGGAAUUAGGGAUGCCAAAAGUUGUAGGUCUGAAAUCGAGUUUUUGGAAGAGCAGAUUGUGAAUCAUGAGGGAGAUAUUGAACCUACAGCUUGUGUGCUUAAUGGAUUUGUUGCAAUUACCAGAUAUUGUAGGUUUUUGCUAUUUGGUUUUGAGGAAGAUGAGGUGAAGCUGCCUUUUGGCAAUCAGAAGAAACUGAGAAAAGGUUUGAUUACCCGGGAGAUUGCGGAUACGUUUAUAACCAUAUCUAAGGACUUCUGUUGUCCGAUAUCUUUGGACUUGAUGACGGAUCCAGUGAUAAUUUCGACAGGUCAGACUUAUGAUCGGAGCUCGAUAGUUAGGUGGAUGGAGGAAGGCCAUUUUACUUGUCCGAAGACGGGGCAAAUGCUCAUCCAUACUCGCCUUGUUCCUAAUCGAGCUUUGAAGAGCUUGAUCAUGCUGUGGUGUACUGCUCAUAAUGUCCCAUAUGAUCACGUGGAGACUGCAGAUAGAUCCACAGAGUCAUUUGCUGAAGCUUUGCCAAUCAAAGCUGCAACCGAAGCCAAUAGAGCAACAACAACGCUUCUCGUUAAACAUCUAGCCAAUGGAUCUCAGGGAGCUCAGGCUAUUGCUGCUCGUGAGAUACGCUUGUUGGCGAAAACAGGAAAGAAAAACCGUGCUUUUAUUGCAGAGGCCGGGGCAAUACCACACUUACGUAAGUUGCUGUCAUCUUCAAACCCUGUUGCCCAAGAGAAUUCUGUUACUGCAAUGCUGAACUUAUCAAUUUAUGAUAAAAACAAAAUCCGGAUUAUGGGCGAGGAUGGUUGUCUAGGAUCGAUUGUUGAAGUCUUGAGGCUGGGGCUCACAUCGGAGGCUAGGGAAAAUGCAGCAGCAACAUUGUUCAGCCUCUCAGCAGUGCAUGACUAUAAGAAGAGAAUAGCCGAUCAGGGAGGGGCAAUUGAAGCUUUAGCAGGGUUGUUGAGAGUGGGGACUCCGAGAGGGAAGAAGGAUGCUGUAACUGCUUUAUUUAAUCUGUCAACUCAUUUGGAGAAUUGUGCAAGAAUGAUCGAAGCCGGAGCUGUUACAGCACUAGUAGGAGCUUUGGUGAAUGAAGGGGUUGCGGAGGAAGCUGCGGGUGCCUUGGCCUUAAUCGUUAGGCAACCAAUCGGUGCUGAAGCUGUGGGGAAGGAAGAAAUGGCAGUGACAGGGUUAAUAACGAUGAUGAGAUGCGGAACCGCAAGAGGUAAAGAGAAUGCAGUGGCAGCACUGCUCGAGUUGUGCCGCAGUGGUGGGGCUGCUGCAACCGAAAGAGUGCUCAAGGCCCCAGCAUUGGCCGGCUUGCUUCAGACACUGUUAUUCACGGGCACAAAACGGGCAAGGAGAAAGGCUGCAUCACUUGCAAGAGUGUUUCAGAGGUGCGAGAAUGCAUCCUUGCAUUUCGGUGGACUGGGUGUCGGAUAUGCAUUUGCAGGCAACUCAGCAACUUCGAACAGGGAUUCACGAUUUGCCGAUGAUGUCUCGGUGCCUAUGUCCAUCUCUGUGCAGGUUUUGUGAAGGCAAACAUCACAAUGUCGCUUAUAUAUGUUGUCAUUUUUGUUGGUAAUAUAUUUACAAAUUCUUUCAUUGAAAUUCAGAUAAUAUGAAA